AGCAUGCCAGGGUUGUGCUGCCAGCAAGAGACUGUCAGACAAAUGUCUUGAACUCAGGAGAGAGCUGCUUCUGUUGUCUUCUCAGCCAAGAAGAAAGGAUCAACUUGGGCAGCCCAUAGGGAUAGAUGGAAAUUUCAGCAUCAGGCUCCAGAGACAAAUCCCUAAGGGGGAUUUGCACAGCUUCUCUUGACGCCAGAAGAAGAAAUAAGAAGCCCCCGCAAAACGGCUUGAGCGUACAGGGUAAUGGGCUCGGAGAACAGCACUUUAAAGCGUGAUGCACUGGAAGAGCCACCGUUCACGCUGCCAUCCGGAGUCAACAUUUACCCAGCAGCGCUUCAGCAGGGCAAACUCGCCUCUGUCUUUGUGUACAAGAGUGAGAACGAAGACAACGUUAACAAAGCUGCCAAGCAUCUGAAAACUCUGCGCCACCCUUGCCUCCUGCGCUUCCUCUCUUGCACUGUGGAAAUCAAUGGGAUCCACUUGGUCACGGAGCGUGUGCAGCCCGUGGAGAAGGUCCUGGAGAACCUCUCUUCUUCCGAGAUAUGUGCCGGAAUCUAUGACAUUUUGCAAGCUCUUGUCUUCCUCCACGAUAGAGGAACCCUGACACACAACAAUGUCUGCCUGUCGUCGGUGUUUGUGAGCGAGGAUGGGCACUGGAAGCUAGGCGGCAUGGAAACCGUCUGCAACCAGAAUGAAGCUAUGGCAGAGUUUCUGCGUAGUAUCGAGUCAGUACGAGAGAAGAUGGGCAUCCCACCUGAAGAAAUGCGUGCAGGGUUCCAACGUCUUCCAGAGGGCCAGGGCCAUGCCCGGGACGCCUAUUCAUUCGGGGCAAUGGUCGAAAACUUGCUGACUUUUUUAAACGAAGAGGUUUCAGAGGAUGUUCUCUUCAGCUUUCAGCAAACUGUGCGCUCUGUUCUGCUAAAUCCAGAUCCAAUGUGCCGGCCACCACUAUCCACUUUGUUGUCUCAUGAAUUCUUUAGAUUUCUGCUGGACAGAGUCGCCGGCUUGUCGGAGAAGCUGAUAGCUUUGCGGCUGGUGCCUCUCCUGCUCAAUCAGCUUGUGUUUGCUGAGCCUGUCGCCGUCAAGAGCUUCCUCCCCCACCUCCUGGGGCCAAGGAUGGAUAAAGUGGGUGAGAAUCAAAUCAAUGGCCUGCUUUCUCCAGCGAUGUUCCAGGCGCAUGUCAGCCCGGUGCUGCUGAAGCUCUUCGAGGUGCAUGAGGAGCAUGUGCGGAUAGUGUUACUGUCUCACCUGGAUGCCUACGCCGAGCUGUUCACGCAGAAAGAAUUGAAGAACAUCAUAUUGCCACAGGUUUUACUGGGGCUGCGCGACACCAGUGAUGCUCUGGUAGCUGUAACGCUGCAGAGUUUAGGAGUGUUAGUCUCCCUGCUCGGACCUGACGUUGUUGUAGGGGGCGACAGAACAAAGAUCUUCAAGUGCUCAGCGCCAAGCUUCACCAAAACCUCCGACCUUUCCCCUGAAGACUCUCCCACCCACAUAAUGAGCUGCCAGAGUAAGCAAACGUAUAAACCCCUGCAGAAUAAUCCUUCGGGAGUCCUCUUCAAGUGCCCCAACUCUGGAAAUACAUCCUUCAGCAACAAGAACCAUGUGCCAAGGCAAGACUCUCGUGUGGCCUUAAGGAAAGGGGAACAAGACGCUUCCUGCUCUUUGAAUGGUGUUCCUGCUGGAUUAAACCCAUUGAGGGACGAUGGUAGCUGCCCACUGGGAACUGAGAACACAACAGAGGAAUGGCCGGACUGGAGUGAGUGUGAGGAGCCAGAGACUGAGAAAAACGCAACUGUCAAUACGGAAACGCAAGAGUUCCAUGCCGGCAGUGGUCCCUGUCUUACCAACCAUGAUCUCACAGAUAAGAAAACUUGGGCCGAUGUGGCUCACAACCCUCCCUUUAAAAGCUCCUCAGGAAACAGGCCCAGUGACAUCGCAGAGCCUCGGCUCCCUCCCAGUAUGCUGGAGCUCAAAAGAGAAUCUAGAACUCUACCUUCGAAUUCUUCCUCUGGGCCUGGCAGCAGCAGUGAGGGUUAUGACCACAAGGACCUGUGGGACAAAAGCUCCAGGCAGCCCAAGGCGUCACAUCUGGAAAGGUCUCCAAAGUGGGAAUGCAGUUUAGGAGAGGAAUUCACGAUCCAGGUGAAGAAGAAGGAGUCGCAUGACCCUGAACUGGACUGGUUUGCUGAUAUGGUGCCAGACAUCAAACCUGCAUCGGCGCUCCUGAUUUUGCCAGAGCUGGGGCCCCACCCCGUUGCUCAGAGCAACUUAGAUGCAGUUUCCAGCAGUCUGGGUGAUGCUCAGAAGGUGCGGUUUUCUUCCAAAUUUGCAGCUGCUGCAGUUACAGAGGUAGAUGAUGUUGGCUGGGAAGAAGAGGAGGAGCUAAAGUGGGAAGAUGAAACCACCUGGUGACACCGGACCUUUGCUUGUGUUGGAGUUUGCUGCUUCUACUGUGCCCUGGACAAUUUUCUCUCCACAAGCAGCAAAAAACCCCUCAAUUUCUUCCUAGUUGGAACAAGUAUUUACUUUUCUAACCUGCAAGACGGACCUACUGCCCUCGGUGCUAGAAAAAAAGCUC